AUGCUCCGGCAGCUGUUUUCUUCCACGGUGCUGCUCCUCCUCUGCUUGCUGCCGAUAUGGUGUAGCGGAAGUGGGGCUGCGGCCAAUGAUCAAAGGGGUGUCUUGAACCCAUUUACAGGGACGAAGAUUGUGACCGGUGCUAAAUGGGAAAAAGCUGGUGGGUCGGUCACUUCGCUGCGUGUCCCCAGCCUUUUGGAGGUGGACGGUGCUGUGUUUGCCGUUGCGGAGGCUCAGUGCAAGAAGAAUGAGAGCGGUGCCGAGUGCAUCACUGGGAUUGCGUCAAAGCGCCUCGACAACGUUGGCGGUGUUACAGCGGAGGCGUUGACGGCGGAUGCGAGUUCAUUUGACAUAAAGACGCUGAAGGGAGGCGAGACGGGAAGUGCCAAGGCGGUGGAUAUAAUGCGGCCAACAACACUUGUGGAUGACAAAGACAUCUACAUGCUGCUGGGAAAAUACAGCCGCACAACGGCUGCGGGUAAAGACGCUAGCAACAAGCAUUGGGGGCUUUUGCUGGUGAAGGGGCGUGUCACUAGUGACAGUAACGAAAAGAAAAUCCAAUGGAAUGAGACCUAUGCAGUAAAUACCGCGUCUUUAGGACUUCAUUCCUCCUGGACGAAGUUAUUUACUGGUGGAGGGUCGGGUGUCGUGCUGCAGGAUGGCACGCUUGUGUUCCCUAUGCAGGCCACAGAAAAGAAUGGAAAGAAUAUCUUGCUGUCCAUGCGCUUCAGUCAGUCGGAGAAUAAAUGGAAGCUUUCGCAUCAGGCGACGGAGAAUGAUGGCUGCAGGAAUCCAUCCAUUGCGGAGUGGGAAGGAUAUCAAAAACUUCUUAUGAUGGCUCCCUGCGAGGAUGGCUACUACGACGUGUACACGGGUCUUGGGGCCGGCAGAAGCUGGCGUGACGGUGCGCCAAUCACUCGCGUGUGGGGCACCUCACUGGACCGCCAAGAGGACGGCGUGCGAAGCGGCUUCAUCACCGCAACCAUCAAGGAUAAGAAGGUGGUGCUCCUCACCACGCCGGUGUAUUCGAAGGAAGAAAAAGGAAAGGAAAAGGGCCGGCUGCAUCUUUGGGUGACAGACAAUACCCGUGUGCAUGACGUUGGACCGGUAUCCAGUGAAAAGCACGACGCUGCCGCCAGCUCUCUGCUGUACAGAAAAAAAGAGAAGGAGGAGUUGAUUUUACUGUACGAAAAUAAGAAUGAGGAAGACUCAUACAGCCUUGUCUCUGUGCGCCUGACUGACAAGCUGAAACGGAUAAAAGAAGUGGUGAAAACUUGGGAAGAUAUGGACACCGCACUAGAAGGUUGCACUUCCACUGGGAUCGUCGACCCACUGAGAAGAAAGAAUGUGUGUAAGGGCCCUGUUACCACGGAAGGGCUGGUUGGCUUUUUGUCCAACACAUUAACGGAUGGAACUGAUGCUGGGAAAGUAUGGAAGGACGAGUACCUCGGAGUGAACGCAACGGUGAAGGGUGAGACAGUGACGAGCACGGAGGGGGGCGUGACGUUCAAAGGCGCUGGGGCGGGGGCGGAGUGGCCGGUGGGCAAACUGGGGCAGAACCAACCGUACUACUUUGCGAACAACGAGCUCACUCUUGUGGCGAUGGUGAUGAUUAACGCAGUGCCGGAGGCAGACACUCCUUUGAUGGGUGUGAGGAUGAAUGACAAUGCCAGCACUGUGCUUGUUGGUCUGUUUUACACGAAGGACAAGAAGUGGGGAGUGACCGUCAACGGAAAGCCUCGGAAGUUGUUAGAUAAAGUUGGUACGUGGCGGCCUGGCACAACGUAUCAGGUGGUACUGAAAAUGAAUAGGGACGAUGAGUUCUCUGUGUACGUUGACGGGGCCAAUAUAUACGACAGCGAUGAUGAGGAGGAGGACACCGUUUCUAAGAAUGUGGAAGCCCUGUUCAAGUCGCACCGCAUAUCGCACUUCUACUUUGGCGGUGGCAGUGCGGCGGAAGGCACAGCGACCAGCCACGAUGUGACGAUGUUCAGCGUCCUGCUGUACAACGAGGCACUUAGCAUAAAGGAUAUCUGGGAAGGCAAUGCAAACACAGUCCCUCUUCCACAGCUGGGUGCUACGACGCCAGUCAUAAUGCCGAAGGUUCCGCCAACGUCUGGCGGUGAUGGUGAGGAAAAUGCUCUCGUGACGAAGCCUGCAAGCGCCGGGGACAACGCCACUGAGAAGCAGAUGCCUAACCCGGAAGCGGUGGUGGGCUCAGGCAGCAGCCCUGCUCCACGCAGUGACGCUGAGAAGACUCCCGCGGAGGAGACACGCGACACUCUUCCGUCCGGCACAGUUCAAAUUCCUUUUGAAAAGAAUGAGGGAGUGUCGCAGGGAGCUGACAACGCGCCGGUCAAUAAAACCGCUUCGCCCGAACCUCAGGCGAUUCCCCCGACACGCAACGCGGCAUCGCUUUCUGGCAACGUCUCCGUUACCUUCAGGAACAUUACUGGCGUGAGGCUCGAUGAAGGGAACAACGACAGCGCCGUGCGUGGGUGUGUGCCUCAUGUACUGCUGCUUGCGCUGAUUGGGCUGUGGGGCAUUGCCGCUCUCUAUGUCGCGUAA